AUGCACGCCAACAGCACCGAUACUACUAGUACUCCGUACCGUACGCAUAUGUCUCCGUCGUACGGCACAGGAAUAGCGAUACUCCCUGUCGGCGUUUCUCCGUUUUUACUUUUCUUGCAGCUGAAUACCUUACUUAUUCCGCAUCAUUCGAGGUACGAGGACUCGGUUCUCUGUCUCACUCGCUUCGAUGCUCAUGGAGUGAAACCAUCUACCCUAGCAAUUGGUGACUACAAGACGCUGUCGAGUCUGCGUCUGUACGCUACUCCGUACCCAGGGACAGUCAUGCAAUCGGGCUCAGACGCAGACGCUCGGGGUCCACGGGCGGAAGCACGUACAGGGCUAGUUGCAUGCAGCCGCUGUAGGCUAGACUGGCUGCUGGCCGCUGGCUCCAUACAAGACAGCAAUGCUACAACGCUGCCUGGAGGUAUUAAUUCUCCUGGCAAACUGUCGGAGCGCUGGAGACUUGGCAAAAUACAGAUUCACGAUGAAUGUCCUGGGGAAGAGGCGACCAAGGAUCCUGUGGACAGGAGCGACCUUCUCUCCACAGAUUCCAUCCGUAUUCCCGCAAAGUAUGUACCUCGGACUCGGCACGCGAGGGUAGAAAUGGAGCUUGUCCUCAGUUCGCAUCAGGACGAGUUGCACGGAUAUAACUCUCACCGUAAAGUGCCGAAGGAGCGACAAAUCACCCAAAAGGAUGGAUCUUAUGACAUUGAUCCAGGAAAAUCCCCCACAAAAGCCUCCAGCCGUUAG